AUGAAUUCUCUGUCUCGCAGAGAAGAGGAGACGUUACUCAAAGCCACUAAGGCUACUGCAUUGCGCGAGUGUGAUGAAUUUGUCAAGGCGUUUGCAGAAUGCGCGUCUGGCCGAACCGUGUCUGUUGCUUGGGAGUGCAGGGGCCAGCUGAAAGAAGUUCAGGACUGUAUGAUACAAUUCACAGCGCCUGAACCUAUGGAAGCCGUCCGUAAGGAAUACAUACGGCUGCGAAACCUCCGGCAGAGUUCAUCAGGUUAG